GGUUGCCCUGGCACCGCGCCUGCAGCGCUGACGCCACGGGGAGGGGACAGGAGAGGGUCCUGCCCCGGUCCUGCCUUGGUCCGCUGCAGUCCUCGUUCUGACAGAGCCUCGGGCGGGUGUCACCAUGGUGGUCACACUGGGCUACUGGGACAUCCGUGGGCUGGCCCACGCCAUCCGCCUGCUGCUGGAGUACACGGAGACCCCCUACCAGGAGCGCCAGUACCGCCCUGGCCCAGCCCCUGACUAUGACCCGAGCGAAUGGACCAACGAGAAGGAGAAACUGGGGCUCGACUUCCCCAACCUCCCAUACCUCAUCGACGGCACCACCAAGCUGACCCAGAGCAACGCCAUCCUGCGCUACAUCGCCCGCAAGCACAACAUGUGUGGUGAGACAGAGGAGGAGAAGCAGCGUGUGGAUGUCCUGGAAAACCAUCUCAUGGAUUUGAGAAUGAAUUUUGUCCGGCUCUGCUUUAGCCCUGACUUUGAGAAGCUGAAGCCGGCAUUCCUGGAGCAGCUGCCCAAGAAGCUGCAGGAGCUGUCGCGGUUCCUGGGCUCCCGGCCCUGGUUUGCAGGGCAGAAGCUCACCUUCGUGGACUUCCUGGCCUACGACGUGUUGGACCACCAGCGCAUGUUUGCGCCUGAGUGUCUCGAGCAGCAGGGAAACCUGGCCCAGUUCCUGCAGCGCUUCGAGGCUCUGGACAAGGUCUCUGCCUACAUGCGCUCGGGGCGCUUCAUGAGAACCCCAAUUUUCUUGCGCACGGCCAAGUGGUGCAACACCAAGGAGUGAGGGGCUGAACCCCCCUGUGCUCCCCAGACUCCCCAAUAAACCUCGGGGGCUCCCCGUUGUCUGUGC